GAUCUUUAAGUUCAAGUCUUGGAGGUGUCAACGAUCAGUAGUCACCAGACGUUCGUGCAAUUCGUUUCGAUUUUAGCAAGACGUUCAUCAUUCGCACACGCUUGACAGGUUUUAUUCAUAUCAAAAUGGCAUCGUUAAUUUCAUCAAUGCUAUUGUUGAUAAUAUUAUCAACAAUGACAUUUGGACAACAAUUAAAACCUGGUGCAUGUCCACCACGAACACCAUUUAACAUUCGUAGAAAUCUUUGUAACGAUGAUAUGGACUGUAGAGGACUUGAAAAAUGUUGCCUUACGAGUUACAAUGGUAGAAUUUGUGUGAUGCCCAUUACAGAAACCGUUAAUAUUGUAAAACGAGGUUCUUGUCCGGUUAUACCAACUGGACGAUGGAUUUGUGCAUCAACUUGUCGAUCGGAUGGCGAUUGCAGAGGCAUCAAAAAAUGUUGCAAAAAUCGAUGCGGUGCUUUAGCUUGUCAAAAUCCCGAAGUUGAAUAUGAUCCAGUUGCAUUAGAAGAUUCGCAACCACCGAUGGUAUUUUAUGGCGAUACGUCAUAACGAUUAAAAAUUAAACGGUGAUGUAAAAUUUCGUUAAACUUAUCUUAUUAUUAGUGUUAUACGUUUCAUCGUACGUGCCAUAUAAACGAGUUAAGUAUAAUCAAAAUAUGUUAUACCGCGAUAUACUUUAUCAAUGUAUUAAAUUAUGAAGCAUGAUUGAAUGGAAUACUUGGAACAUAACUCAUUCAAUACUUGACAUAUCUCUGUAAUGCUAUUUAAUUCGUUUAACAAUUAGUAGUUCACAUUUCUUUGCAAUAACGUUAUUAUUUAAUUAAUUAUAGCGGUUUUAUCU